GGGCUUAAGAAGGAUUUAAGUUAAUGGAAUUAAGAGGAGUUCAAAAACGUUUUUUAAAACAUUGCUACAGCUGAGAUGGUAGCGUUACAGGCUGAUAACAGUUAUGAAGAAGAUCCUUUUAAUCUUGACAAGAUCAGUCACACAAAACAGGCUGAGUUAUGCAAGAGACUUAAGCAAGAAACUUUUUGGCAACAAACUACCAAUAUUACCUCUAUUAAAGAACGCGAUGCAUGUACUAAUUUUGUUCAAGCAUCUGGUAAAGAAAAGCCGCGUAGGCUGGCUAUUUGCAGUACUAAAGAUGCAUCUGGAUCUUGGCAUUCUUUUCCUCAAGAUAUUAAAAAGGAGGCUACAAGAUAUUACUUUGAACUUUUCCAACAUUAAGACACUUCUGCCCCAAAGGAGUUCCUAGAACAUAUUCCUAAUGUUGUUGACAAUUUUGACAGUGCUCGUCUUCUGCAGAUGCCUCAAAUAGAAGAGAUCGAGCAGUCUGUUUGGCAGCUUAACCCUUGCAGUGCACUAGUGUGUGAUUGGUAAUUGGUAUCCUGGUCUUUUUAGGGCAUGUUGGGACGUGGUUGCUCUGGAUGUGGCUGGUGAUGUGCGGAAACUCUUUUUAGGCAGUCAUCAUAUUCAUAAAGUUGUGGCUAGUGCUCAACUAGUUUUCCUGUAAGUUUAUUAACAAGAUCAAGAUACAGCUUUUCCCCAACAAAAAUACAUUGGAACAUCGUCUGAAAUUUAUUCUGCUAUCUCAUAAUCCAAUGUCUUGAAUUGUAAUCCAAGAAUGAUGUAAAUGUCGCAUUAGUUGACUAUGUUGACACAAGAUAUUAGUCUGAUCCACAAAAAUGCAAAAUUACAACCACGAUGGUUAUUCACUUAUGGUGAUACCGCUAUCUCAUGGAGAUCAAUCAAGCAAACAUUAACAGUGACAUCAUCAAAUAAUGCAGAACUGAUUGCUCUUUAUGCAGCAAGCCUAGAGUACGUCCGGUUGACAUUAAUGAUCUAGUGCAUACAAAAUGAAUGUAGCAUAAAAACAUUUAUGUGUGAUUCUAUUGUGAUUUAUGAAGACCAACACGGGCACACGGCAUGUAUAGCUCAGAUCAAAGUAAGUUACAUCAAAUGGAAUAAAACAAAGCAUAUAACAUCAAAACUUUUCUCGAGAUCUUGAGAAAAUAAAAGCAAUUGGUAUCUAACAAAUCAAGUCAUGCAAUAAUCCAGCUCACUUAUUCACAAAAUCAUUGCUCGGAAAGAAGUUUGUAAAACUUAUACGAAGUAUACAAGAUUAGAAUGUGCCAUCUUCGAGAUAUAUGUUAAAUUCCGGAGUAUUAUGUGCACUGCACUCAAAUUUUUAUCGUACUGAGUUUUUUCUGACAAUGUUUUAAUGAGCUAAUACAUUAUAAUAAUAAUUUGAGAUUAAAUAUUGUAUUCGUUUUCCCCUUAACUAUGGUUAUUAUCCCAUUUGGUAUCCAACGGUAAAGUUUUUAACAAGGCAACUAAUCCUCAAGUCAUAAUUAGAAAAUGUUCAUUUAAGGGAGAGUGUUGAAAAAUAAUGAAUGAUACAUCUUCUAUUAUUCAUGAUUAAGAAAUUAUCGUCAUCAUUACAAAAAAUCAUACUUAUGAUUUCAAAAAGGUAGUAGACGUAGUUCAGAAUUGUCUCCUAAUCUAAAUGAGCUUAUCCUAAUCUAAAUGAGCUUACGUUUUAACCCGUUGUAAUAAUAUAAUCUCAAAUAAUUAGAAAAUUAUAUAUAUAAUUUCAAUCUAAAUGAGCUACAUUUUCUCCUCACCCCAAACCUCUGUUAAUUUUCCUGUAUUUCAUAACAAGAUUCAAAAUUUCACAUUUAUUUAUUCAAAAUCUAUUCAAUUUAUUUAUUCAAAAAAAAAAUGUACAAUGCUUUCUAAUUAAACCUAUAUAGUAUAUGCUCAAUGUUAAUGCCAACAUCCUUUACUGGGAUAGGAUUCGAAUCCUUGAACUAGAAUAGGAUUCGAACCUGUGACAAUCUCCUUUGGAGGGUCAAAGUGAUGCAUUCUUUCUUAAUUCUUAUACCGUAGAUUUUUGGCAAAAAGUGAAACAUAAAAAACUACUCCUUAUGUAAAAAUUAAAGACACAAACAAACUAAAGAUCUCAUUAUUUUUAUUUACGCAUAUUUAAUUAACUCCAACCUAAACUGAAAUUAGAAGAAAGUGGAGAAUUGUAACCAGAAUUUAAACAAGUCGUUCCCUGCCACGCUUUGAAUGUCACCCGCAGUCAUGUUGCUCCGCCAUAAUUGAUCCUAGAAUUGCGAUUUAGAGACGGGAAUCAGGCUUCGCCGCCGGAUCUAUAGCGGUAGAACUUGCCGAAGACGUGCAGAGCAGUGACGAAUCCAAUGAAACAGAUGCUCAUGAUGAGGACGACGGUCGGGCCCACCUUGAGACCUGGAGCGUCAUCCGUGUAGAAUCUGAGCAUGUUGCUUGAGUUUCCGGAAGCUCCCGCUCCGGAUCCGGCAGAGGACGUCCCUCCGAUCCUUCGGCGGCGCAUUCCAGCUGUGGCGGCAGCCGAUCCUCGCGGUGCCACCGUGCCGGGACGAGAAUUGGAGGAGAAGGUAGGCUGAGAGCUGGUUGGGCGCGCCAUUUAUCGGCGAAGACAGGAGAGAAAUGUCGAUGCCGAUUCUUCAGUACUUUUGAUUGACGAGUGAAGACGCAGAUAGGAGAUAGGAUCUUACAGGAAUUAUGAAGAAGUAU